GUGUUGACGAUUGGGGCUUUUACGCGCUCUCUGUGCCGGGACGUAUCGCUCGUGUCCAACGCAUGGCUUGCUGUCGCUAGGUUGCCAUGGCAACAGUAUCUCCCAACGACGCGGCAGAACACUGUCGAGCGAGGAAGAGGAGAGUAGAGGGGAAAGCGAGGAAGAACUUCUCCUGUCAGUUGUGCGAGAAGGCCUUCAACAGCUUGGAGAAGCUGAAGGUACACUCGUACUCCCACACGGGGGAAAGGCCGUAUCGCUGCACACACACCGACUGCACCAAGGCCUUCGUCUCCAAGUAUAAACUCCUACGGCACACGGCCACACACUCGCCAGAAAAGACCCACAAGUGCAGCUACUGCGAGAAGAUGUUCCACCGCAAAGACCACCUGAAGAACCACCUCCACACACACGACCCCAACAAGGAGGCUUUCAGCUGCACCGAAUGCGGCAAGAGCUACAACACCAAACUUGGCUUUCGAAGGCACCAAGCCCUUCACGCUGCUCACCGUGGAGACCUCACCUGCCAGGUGUGUCUGCAGUCGUACCCGAGCACUCCCCUGCUGCUGGAACACCUGCGCGGGCAUGCUGGGAAAAGCGCUACGGCGACUAAAGAGAAGCGACAUCAGUGCGAUCAAUGCGAACGGCGCUUUUACACCCGUAAGGACGUGCGACGCCACCUGGUGGUGCAUACGGGACGCAAGGACUUUCUGUGCCAGUAUUGCGCUCAGCGAUUCGGCCGUAAGGACCAUCUUACCCGCCAUGUUAAGAAAAGCCACGCUCAUGAGCUGCUAAGGGUGAAGGCGGAGCCUGUCGAUUUAAUGGAGUCUCAAUCCUCACCAGCAUCCGGGCCACUCGCGCUAAGAUAUCCACUUGGUCAUGCUUCUUACUCGCCAACUCCGCCGCUAAGGGCGGAGCUCGAAAGCUAUCUCCUCGAGCUACAGGCUGAAGAUACACCCAAGCUGAGCGCUUCCGCCACGGUGACUGGAGAGACGACGUCGUCCCUGGACUUUCUGUCCCCACUGUUCAAUUUCCUGCCUUACAGCCAGGGGGCGGGGCCUACUUUGGGAGUGGCUUACAACCAAGAGGAGGGGCUUCUGUCCACGCCCAUCCAAGACACACCGGAGCCUCUUAGCCUUCUUCACACAAUCUCACACUCGCAAAGCAAUGCACUCGCUCCCAGUUACACACACCCACCGUCUCUGAAUACAACCACCACCCUGCCUCGCUUCCACCAAGCCUUCCAGUAGCCCAAAUGCAUUCACAAACAAACAAAGUGCACUUUUUUUCAUCAACUUAGCUCUUAAUCAAGUUCGAACAAGCACACAGCGCAUUUUAAAGGAAAGUAGAGAUGCUGCGAUAUGAACAUUUUGGCCGAUACUGAUAACUCGUUAUAUUUGAUAACCGAUAUAUCGGCCGAUAAAUCGAAAUCAUUUUUGAGAACACGAUAACAACGUCCCAAACAAACAAUUAUAAUGUUCUCAUAAAAACGUUAUGUAGCCGAUAUGACGCACAUGUUGCGCGUAACUAUAUUUUCCUUUUUUGAAGUGAGUCCAGUCAUACUUCAAGCAAUUCAAAACCAUCAUGUUGAACAGUGAAGCGUCUCGGCUGACGGAAAUAAUUCCAUUAUUUAACAUAUCCGGCUUUAACAUAUCGGUCAUAUUUUCUUAUUAGGCCGUUAACGAUAGCAUAAAAAUCGUCUGAUACCGAAAUGGUGGCCGAUAUAUCGUGCAUUCCUAAAGGAAAGUCUUGAGGACAGUCUGCUCAUUCGAGAGAUUACGAUAUUACUCGUUUUAUGUUCUAGAGGAGUUUACUGUAACUGAAUGUUAAGAAGCAGAGCUCAGAUUGCAGUGACGUUUAGCUCUCAAAAUGGCGACUUAGACAGUGCAUAGUUUUAAAUAAUCCUCUCAUUAUUAACACUAGCGCUGUCGAAGUUCCAUCAAAGCUAAAAGAUCAUUGAUCGAAUGUUGUUUCCAUCUCUUUGUUCGUUGUGUGGCUCAUGAACUGUUGGGUACUGAUCUACCAGCGUUUUAGUGACCAUGUCACAACUAUUUACAGCCAAAGGCAACCAAAACCUUCAUAGCUAUAGAGAGGAAGGCUCAUCUCGUUAUGUUUUUUUGUUUUUUGAUGGCUGUUUGCCUUCAUGCUGCUGCUCGUUGUAAGGGCCUCAAAGGACACCAGCGCAGGAAUGCUUCACAAUUCACACCAACAAAGGGAAAGAAGGACGAAGAAACACACACACACACACACACUCUUACUUUAUUCAACCUCAUCCACCCGAAUGCUGGCUGUUGCACUGAUCAAGGCUAACGAUGAACCAGUUUUUGCUGUCUCGGCUUAUAAAACUCCAAAAUACAAUCUGUGACAUCACCUUGACUUCUCUCUGAACAUAAGCUGAAGAUUUAGUCUCUAAAUCAAAUGAAGGUUUUCCGCAUUGACUGCGAUUUUGCAAAAGUCAUCCGUUUUCAGUGAGAGCUGGCGAUUCGAGGCGACACGAGGGACUCGACUUUAUGCAAACGGCCAGUGACGCAAUGUGUCGGCUACUCACGGGAGUCCGCGCAGAUAUGAUGUGAUCGGUCACAUGAUCUGUCCCAGAAUGCAGCAGUUGAGUAGGAAUGCCUCAGUAUGAGUGGUUGAGAUUCACUACUCUAGAGACCAGUGUUGGGGCUAAAGCUAAUCAUCAGAUUACUUUUUUAAAGUAACAAGUAGCGCAUUACUUUUGCAUGUAAAACUCUCUCGGCCCUAUCAUACGACAGGCGCGACGCGAGACUUUUUUGCUUCGUUUAAGCCCAAGGCACUUUUCAUUUUCACGUCCAGCGUCACGUUGUUUAAAUAGCAAAUGCAUUUUGAGGAACUGAAAUAGAACUGAAAUUGCUCUAAAGUCAAAGGCACAAUAUUUUUUUUUGUUAUUUAAAGGAGUAGUUCACUUUAAAAAAAAACUUUU